UUUCGCUUUCUAUGGCAGCUCGACGGUCGUCGUCGUGGUGGUGUAAGCGACCCCUUCGUGCCUCGGACGACCCGCUCGACGAACAACCACGACUUCUUUUAAUUAUGGCUUGAAUUCGGUGUUUAAGAAUGGAAGAGAGGCGUGUGGCAGAGUACUUUGUGGUUGCUGGGCUUCCUGCCAACCCAACACCACUAAGAGAAUUUUCCUGCGACGGCGCAACUCUCAAGUCCACACAUAGCCUUCCGCGCAUUGAAAUGGUGAAUGGAGGCAAGCACGAAGGGUGUAACAAAAGCGGGACAGACAAUGUCAACCAUGGACAGAAAUAUUUUUACAGAAGAGGGCGGGACAAACAACCUCUUGUCGAUGUUGGAGUUCUCUAUGAAGGUCGAGAAAGAGUCAUGGCCGACUCCCAGAUUGUGGAGUUCACGCCAAGUGGUCGAAGUGCAAACAUCAAUCCCUCAGGACAGACCACAUACAUGACAUAUAGAAGAGCAAGUGAGCGCUCUGCUUGCAAUGAACUGGUCGUCUCCGACAUCUGUAUAAUCAUGACAAGUCGUGGAGAACAGGCUCCUCACUCCUAUUGCACCAUAGAUCGCAACCUCAAUAAGGGGACCAUGGUUGGGUCUGACAUCUAUGUCUGCUACAAGAAGUCGAUGCAUAGGUCCAACUACAUAGCAUAUAUGGCAGGGAUCCUGGACCACUACCCUAGCAACCACUACCCUGGGUUCCCCAUCCCCACAGACCUGGCCCUCUUUUGUUUGCCCAUGGGAGCCACCCUAGAGUCAUGGCCGGCUAAGUCUGCUCAGCCACAGCCCAUCUUCUCUACCUUUGUUCUCACAGUCACAGCUGGGGGUGGAAACACAGAAGCUGUGGAGAAGGUGUAUGGAGCAGCUGUCUCCUUUUACGAGAAGUACCCCCACGAGCUCCUUACAGAUGAGCAGAGGGAGGCCCUCAAGCUGAAUGAGCACUUUGGGAGGAACAACAUAGUGCACACCAACAAGUGCAUAUGCAUCCUCUCACGAUGGCCAUUUUUUGAUACUUUUGAUAAGUUCUUGAGAUAUCUGCAUACCAUGGCCAAUACCGGACCACAUCAUGUACCCAUAGAAAGGUAUGUACACCAUUUUGUGGAGUGCGUUCCAUUUCCAAGUGCUCGAAAGCCAAGAAUACUCAUCCAGUUAGAUGCCAGAGAACGCAUCUCUCUUGCCCAGCCGGAAGAUUUGCCCAUUAAUCUCAGUGGUGCAAAGUUCCGUCAGCUGGUGAUGACUCUGCGUCCUGAAGGCUGUCUCCUUGUGCUCCUCUUUGCACUCACUGAACAGAAGAUUCUCUUGCACUCCCUCAGGCCAGAUGUGCUCACAGCUGUGGCAGAAGCUAUUACCAUGAUUAUCUUUCCAUUCCACUGGCAGUGCCCUUACAUCCCCCUGUGCCCCCUAGGUCUCUCCGAUUUCCUGAAUGCCCCCAUCCCUUUCCUCCUUGGCCUUGACUCGCGCUUCUUUGAUCUCUAUCACCCUCCAACUGAUGUAAUCUGCAUCGACUUGGAUACGGGAGCCAUGUCUGUACCAGACGACAAGAAGUUCCUCAUAACCAAACUCCUUCCUCGGCGUCCUGCACGCAUCCUGCGUGCCUCACUGGAAAGCCUAUGUGAGAAAAUCUACAAAUUCGAGAAAUUGCUCCAGAUGCACCUUAAGGCUCAGAAGACAGAACCUGGCAUCGAUACAGAUUUUAAGAUAAAGAGAAAAGAGCAACAACUGGAUGUGGAGAUUCAGGAGGCCUUUCUGCGCUUCACAGCAACCAUCCUGAAGGGUUAUAGCCACUACCUCCUGCCUAUAGUCUCAGCCAAAGCAGGGGCAGCAUGUGACACCUCUUCACUUUUUGACAUAGAUGCCUUUGUCAAAUCAAGAGAUAAGAACUAUCAUAAAUUUUACCAGCUGAUGGUUAAUACCCAGAUGUUCAGCAAGUUUAUUGAAGAACGAUCUUUUGUGUCAGACAAGGAUGCCUCUCUGGCCUUCUUUGAUGACUGUGCAGAAAAGGUCGUAGAAGAUGACACCACCAUCAGACUGCUGGAGUUAGAGCCGGCCCAGAGUGAGCACACCUUGUUCCUCCCACCGCCAGAGCCCAUCAGUCUCCCUGAGGGCAUGACCUAUUCCUACAAUGGAUUUCCCAAGUUAAAACCCGAGCUCUUUCCAUUGCUGGAACCAAAGCCAGUCCUUCCUCCCCAAGUUAAGCAGCCACAAGCCACCCCUGCCUCUCCUCUGGCCCGCCGCACAAAGCAUGAGGUCAAGUCGGCACAGAAACUUGCCUUAAGGCAUGCGCAGACACCCAUAUUAUGGGCCAAGUGUUUACUAUCUACGUGUUACAGCCUUUGGUUCACGCAUCUGCCAGCCUUUGCAACAACACAGCACCAUAAGGCCAGAUUCCUGCAACUUGCCUUCAAGAUCCUAACCAACAUGCAGAAGCUCAACCUCUCACAGGCAGACGAGGUGAGCUAUCGGGUGAUGAUGCAGCUGUGUGGGUUAUACUCGCAGCCCAUCCUUGCUGUUAAGGUCCUGUGUGAGAUGAGGCAGCAUGGCAUCACACCCAAUGCCAUCACUUACGGAUACUACAACAGGGCAGUCAUGGAGAGCAAGUGGACUCAUUCUAACCUCUUCUGGAAGAAACUCAGGAAUGUCGUCAUUGGUGUUGCAGCAUUCAAGCGUUCAGGUCUAGAACGUUCGCAAAGAAGAAAAUCAUCAUUAUCUUUGGAUGAGGUGGACAAGUGCCUAACAGAUGCUGACAGUGCCUCAAGAGUGUCCUUGGAGAGCGGUGCCUCCCUCGACUCUCACCCCCUGCACCUCAUACAAAGACUGACACCCUCAGCUCAGAUCCAGGCUACUGUUCUGUCAGUGAGACAAGUGAGAGUGUUUUUCACAGGAUAUGUGAUCGUAAUAUAUGGUGAAAAUAAUUGUACAGUUUUAUCAAAAUUUUAUGACAUAGGCUCACAUGGCAGUCAUUUGUCUGUGGACAGCUAUGAGGGCAUGAGAUUAAAAACAAAAAUUGGAGCCUUCACAGUAAUAAAUAAAAUCCAAACCAAACAAAGAAUGCUCAGAAUAUGGUUGGAUGUUGUAUUUGAGAUUGUAAAGAAAAACUGCUGUGAGAGCAGUAGCCUCUUGCCGGUCUUGAAAGACUCCGUUUCUGGGAGUGGUGUACCCCCUUCCUCCACAUCCUCCUCCUCCUUCUCCUUCCCUCCUGUCACCAGCUGCAGUGCUAGUGUGACAUGCCCCUCUCCCCUUUUAUGUAGUGUGGCUGCUACCACAACCACAAACACCUCAUCCUCCCCUUCUUCACCUCCUAUGACCCUGCCCCUUCAGUCAGUCCCCAUACCUUCCUCCUCAGCCCAGUCGGCCUUCCCUUCUUCAUCUUCUGCUAUUGCUGCUAACUCAGAAUCCUCUCAGCCCAAUGGCGAUGCUACUGCUGCCUGUGGCGAAUCACAUUCCAGUUUGUGCUCUCACUCAGUCCAUUCCACAUCAUCUUCCACAACAACAAGCACCACAACAACCUGCACCAGUGCCACUUCUGGUAUUCCCUCCACCACAGAGUCUUCGUACACCUCACUAACUCCCUCCACCGUCUCCAUGGUGACGCCAUCCUUCUCGUCAUCAUCCUCAUCGUCAUCCCUGGCAACCAUCGCCCCAAUCCUGAGCACACUCAUUUGCCCGUCGCAGUCGUCCUCCUCGCCGUCCCACCUGGCACUGACAGGAACCCACACCUCCACCUUGAUGAGCCUAGACCCUGCCUCCUCCUCAUCCUUUACCACAACCUCCUCCAACUCUGCCUCCUCCUCCUCCUUUUCCUCCUCCUGCGCCACUAGCCGAGCACUAGACUUCUCGGAGUCAGAUGCACUGAGGGCAAGACUGGGCAGCAUUGUGAGGUCCUCUGCAGCUGGUCUUGCCAGUGGGGCCGAUCUGCUUGUCAUUGAGUACAAUGUGGCGUUCAGCAGCAGUGCAGGACUCCUUAUGUCGAGUGCUUUGGACAGCACUGUGUUUGAUGCAGCCUCCAGAUCAAGGCAGAGACCCAAUGACCUGGCGGAUGCACUGUCUCCAACCUUAGACCAAUAUGACAAGAUGAGCGAAGCCACAGCUGUACGGACGUCGCCUGAGGCUCCGACGUCCUCCGUUCAGGACAAGGGUGUGCCUGAAUACCUCAGAUCUGACAGCUAUGGUAGUGAUGCCAAGAUUAUUACGAACUUUCUGCGUCUGACUAGAGUCGAUAUCGAACCCAUUGCUCAAAUCACCCAGUUUCGCACAAGUAGUCUGGACGCCCACGGGGAAGAAGCCAGGAGUUCGCCACUUGGCCAGAAUGAGCAAGAUUUCACAUCAACAGAGGACCUGAAAGGCAUCGACCCAAUUUUUCAUAGUAAUGAUAGUUUAAGUGACAUUUCUGAGGAAGAAGUUGCACAGCGCCCAAGCUCAGUCCGGGGUUUUUUCUCCAGAAAUACUCCAGAGAGGUUAUCUAGUCUUUUUAAAAGGAGUGUUGACAGUGCAGAUGAGAAAAUACGAGGAUUUUGGAAAAGGAGUGCGAGUGUUAGUCGUUCAAGUAGCAAAGAUUCGGUGAACCUGGAGCAGGGUGUCACAGAUUUCAUAGACAGGAGCAGGGAAACCUCAGAGGAGAAUAGCAGUGGAGGCAAGAGCAGUGCAAGCAGGAGCAGUGCAGAGGCCCCCCUCAUGCCAGCAGAGGAGGAUGAGGAUGACAAGAAAACCAAAAAGGAGGAAGAAGAGCAGCAGCAAGAAGCUCAGGAAACUGAGGAAGGCCAGCUACCCAAGAAGCUUCUGCUACCACCUCGAUCUCCCAAUAUUAACAUUGAUCGAACUUCAAAUUACUCACCCAUCCCAUCUAGUCCCAUGCGAACUCCUGUUACAGAAAAUGAUCCACUUGGAGCCUUUGGUAUACUUAUGACAGACUCAGCCCCAAAGACCACAGAGACACCUACUUCACUGUCUAGUGUAGCCGCUUCCCAUAUAUCAGACUCCAGUAUACGUGAUUCACCCUCAAGGCAGAGCGUUAAUAGUGAUGAUUCAGAGGCUUCCUCACAAAUACGAGGUCAGAGGAAACCACCAAGGCCAGUCGCGCGUAGUGCCACAUUCAGCAGUCGUAGCGGUGUAUCCAUGAAACAGCAAGUGAAAAGAUCAGCCAACUCCCUAUGGGCAUUGUCUCCCUCUCCUAGUCCAACCCACACCUCUCACUCCUCCUCCCCCAACCGUGCACUUCCACAUGACCGACCACAGUCUGACGACCCUCCAAACUCUGCCCUCGUGUCUGCCACUCCUACCUGGCCAUCCCUAAAGAUCUCCUUCAGUAACAGUAGCAGUCGUCUGGGCUUGGCUUCGAACAUGGCUUCCACCAUGGCCACAGAGGGUCUUCGCCAAGCCUCUAAACAGAUAGAGCACCUUCGCUCACAGUACCUCGACCCAGCCAUGGCAGAUCUUGGCCAGUACAGCCCUGGGAAUUUUAACUACCGCAAGAAUGAAAUUAUAUCUGGGAGCAUUAGCAGCGUCAAAUCAGCAGUGACUUCCUUUUCCAAGAGGUUUGGAGAGAUUCGUGAGGCCAUAACAGCAACCAACACCCCAGCCAGCAGAGGAAUACACAGAACAAGCACCAGCCUCCCUAGUACCAGCUUCUUUGACAAUUACUUUCGGUAAAUUAAGAUUAGAGUA